AUGUUCGCCAAAGCCAUCGUCGCCCUCGCCGUCGCUGCCGUUGUGUCUGCCCAAUCGACCAUCAGCACCCCCACCAGUCUCAUUCAGUGCCAACCCAUCGCUCUAGGUAAGUGUUGUGCCAUUCGCCUCUGGACGCGUCCAAGCCGUUUCUGCGCGCAUGAUCACGGGCGGACUCCGCAACGACUCCUGCCGGCCUACGCGCUAAAGACGCGAUCACAUCGAGGUGCAAUUCGUCGUCGCCAGAUGGAAGGCAGUACUGACCCCUUUCCACGUCGUAACAUGAACUGUAUUCCACAGCUUGGACUGCUGGUGCGGGAGCCCCCUACUUUGUGUGAGUGACCAUCGAAUUGACGUGUCGCUGCGGCCGCCGGCUGCGACUCGGGUUUUCCAACUCGACGCCUCGAGUUGGGCCUCAUCGGGUGCGCAUCGCAUGCAAUUGCUGACUCGGAACGCUUGGCGUUCAUUACCCUACACAGUUCCGCCAUCCCCGGUGGCGAUGCUUCGGGAGCCGCUCUUGAGCAGAUCGGAGGUGGUCCUUUGAACUCGACCACCUUCACCUGGUAAGUCGCUCGCUCGCUGUUUUCGAUCCCGGCCUCGGCCUCUGAUUCGUGCGCGCCGCGUCGAGGCGCGUUCUGUGCUGUGCUGUUGCGGUGCUCGGGUUACGGAGGUUCCGGCUCGCGGGGUCUGCAGCUGUCUUUGAUCAUCUGGGAUACGAAAAGCUUAUACAUCGCUUGGUCAAUCGGAUCAAUUCAAAACUUGUAAUAGGACCGUCAACAUCGCGGCUGGCACGUCCGUCACCAUGAAGGUCAUCGACAAGUGAGUGGCCCUCGGAGGCAUCGAUCGAGUUUUUCAAAUUCGGCUGCUGACGGUUGUUGUCGUCAAUUUUUACGAAUACAGGUCCGGAACGCCCAACUACUCCGACAAGGUCACUGUUCAAGCCGGUAGCAGCACGUGCACUCUCGUCAACGCGUCGGGCGGUUCGGCCUCGUCCGGUGCCGCCUCUUCCGCCGCCUCUCCCGCCGCUUCUUCAGCCGCCGCUUCCGCUGCCGCUUCCUCUACUGCAUCCGCCGCGUGAGUACAAGGGGAACGGCUUUAGUCGGUUCAUCGUGAGAAGUGCUCACCACCCGCUUUUUUUCCGGCUCGCAGUGGCAUGGCCACUUCGGUCCGUGCGUCCGCCACCAGCGCCGCCGGUGCUGCCACUUCGGCUGCCGGUGCCGCCACUUCGGCCGCCGCCGCCGCUGCCACCAGCAAGGCCGCUUCGAGCGCUUCGACCGUCGUCGUUGGGUCCGGUGCCUUUGCUGCGGUUGCGGCUUUGGUCGUUGCUGCCCUUUGA